GAAUCAAAAGGACAGAUCCCCAGAAGCAGCGAUGGGUGAAUCAGACAUCUACAUUCGGCAUAUCGAGUUGCUGGGGUUUGAGAAGAGAUUUUUCCCCAGCCAACACUAUGUUUAUAUGUUUUUGGUGAAAUGGCAAGAUCUGAUAGAAAAAGUUGUGUAUCGGAAGUUCACAGAGAUCUAUGAGUUCCAUAAAGUUUUGAAGGAAAUGUUUCCGAUUGAAUCUGGGGAAAUUAACACAGAGAAUAGGAUAAUCCCACAUUUGCCAGCCCCAAGGUGGUUUGACAACCAACGCUCCACUGAAAACCGGCAAAAUACUCUGUCUGAGUACUCCUCUGCCUUGAUCAAUCUUCCUCGUAAGAUCUCCCGUUGUAUGCAUGUCUUGAACUUCUUCAAAGUCAGACCAGAAGAUCUGAACCCGACUACUGCAAGCCACACCAAGAAACCAGAAACAUUCCUAAUGCCAAAAGAUGCAAAGAAGAUUGCAACAGACAUCACAGGCCCUAUCAUCCUACAGACCUACCGUGCGAUUGCUGACUAUGAGAAGAACUCUAACACUGAGAUGGCCAUAAAGGUGGGGGAUAUGGUAGACGUGGUGGAGAAGAGCGAAAGUGGAUGGUGGUUUUGUCAGCAAAAGAAUAAACGAGGCUGGGUACCAGCAGCUUAUCUAGAACCAAUGGAUAGUCCAGAUGAAUCUGAAGAACAGGAGCCCAAUUAUGCAGGGGAACUCCAUAUUGUCCAAAAAGGUUACACAGCUGCUCAGGAAGAUGAGAUUUCCUUGAAGGAAGGAGAAACCAUAGAAGUUAUCCAUAAAUUGCUUGAUGGUUGGUGGGUAGUCAGGAAGGAUGAAAUCACCGGCUACUACCCUUCAAUGUAUCUGCAGAAAGCAGGAGAGGAAAAAGCUACAGAGAACAAUCAGCUGAGGAACAAAGCAGCACCACCUCGAAGGUCUAGCAUCAGUAAUAUCAAGAGCAUCCACAAUCAAAGCCGCAAGCAGAUCAGCCAGGAGAUGUACCGGCGAAAUAGCGUGAAGUACAUGCUGAGCAGGAAGAAGCUGAAGAACAACCUCAUAAGCAAAACCAACAUUAUCAAGGAAACAAAUGAGAGCGAUGAACCCAAGGCUCAGCCGGCAAUUCCUCCGAGACCCAGUAAAGAUCUGAUCCUGAUUCGUUGUUCUGAAAGCACAAAGAGAAAAAUCCAGUGAGGAAGAAGUUGUGGGGUUUAUUCUUCUCCCUUUGCUACCAUCACGAAGGGACUCGAGUGAUUCAGAAAGGAUCCUCUGAGGGUCUGUGUUUCUGGAAGAGUUAUUGCAAAGAUCUUUAGUGAUUCGCCCUGAGCUUAAUGUAUAUACAGUAUCUGUUUGGUAGGCGAUGACUGAAUAAUACAAAUCUCGCAGCUCUUGUGUUGUGUUCUGAGAAUGUGAUGCUUUUUCUGCCUGCCCCGAACAACCUUACAGAGGAGAAAGGUGUUCAGCACUCAUGACUCCCUACAGAUCCAAAUUCUUACAAACAGUCUGUGUUUUGUAUAACUGGCUUAAUCAAGUUGGUAAAGCUAUGCUGAGUUUGGUUAGUGUUAAAAUCAGUUAAUUCCCCCCGCCUCCCCCCCGGAUUUGUGCAUUUUGUAAACUGAGCCUGUUUAAAGAGUAGAGAGUAUUUACAACUCAGUGUUGAGCUGUUGGGUUCUGGGUGUGCUCUGAGCGUGGGCUGUUUUCCUGCAGCUGUUUCAUUACAAAGCUUGUUAACAUCACCAGUGCAGGGGGGAGUGAAGUUUGCUGGCGGUUUAUAUAUAGUAGCCUGCCCUGCCAGUCAUGGUUGGGGUGUGGUUUUUUUUCUUUGACAGUUCCUUGGACAACCAACAGCUUUCACUCUCCCAUGUCACCAAGAACCCCAAGAACACAGUGAUCUGUUUAGUUAGUUUAUGGCUCAAAUGUAUUGUGGGAAUCCAGAAAACAGGUUAAUUCAGUAACCAGGUUAAGUGUGUUGUACAAAUUGGGUUUAUGCAUCAUUCUUAGCCAUGUCAAUUAAAGCCCCAAUAACAGUGUUUUUCCUUACAUUCAAAGCCUGUUUAAUUUUCACUUCCAUUUGGGGUUUUGUUUUGGGGGUUUAUUUGUCUGUGAUUUAACUCAUUUGGUUAAUUUGUGUUCAAUAUAUGUUAGUGAAGUGAAAUGAUAGGUAGGUUUAGGUUUUAUUUUUAGUUUAUUAUAUACUAUUUGUUUCAUUGUCAGUGUAAAUAUAUGAUGGUAUAUAUUGAUUUUAUUCUUUUUGCAUAUGUAUAACUGCUGUUUGGUUCUUAUUUGCUAAUUAUUAAGUAAGUAAUCUUUAUUGUCAUUGUACUUCUCGUACAACGAAAUUAUUAUAGUAGAAAUUAUAUAGAAAUUAUUGUAGUUAGAGCAUUAUAAUUGUUUUUGUUUCUGCAAAUCCAGAAAAUGGAUGUCUAUGUAUCAAGCCACAGGUGAGUAAGGACAAAUGCUCAGAGAUGUUUUGAGCCUUGAUCAAUGGGGUAACUGGCAUUACAGAGCACACACAUGCGUCUAGCUUGUAGAUAUGAUUCAUCCAGGCAUAAAUCUGUCAACUUAACGUACUUAUUUUUCAUGUGCCAAAGAUUGUUACCCAUGCAUGAGAUAGGCUGUUUUCUAAAGUAUGUUUUGGGUAUAUGGGAUCUUGCUCUAUGUCCAUUGUAUUAUACUUGUAACAUCUGUAAUUAUAUGAUUAAUAAACAAA